AUGGCGAAAAUGUCCGAUCUUUCAGAGGAUUUGUUAAUGGAGAUACUCUACAGAGUUCCAAUGACAUCUCUAAAAACUGUAAGAUCUACUUGCAAAAAAUGGAACACUUUAUCCAAAUACAAUAUUUUCGGUAAAUCAGUAGCAAAGAAGCAGGUUCUAGGGUUCAUGAUAAUGGAUUUCAAGAUAUGUUCCUUGAGGUUCAAUCUUCAAGGAAUCCGCAACAACGAUGGCGACUUCAUCGAUUCAUCUAUCAAGCAAAUAAGUCACCUGGAGACUGUUAGAGUUUAUCACUGUGACGGCUUAUUGCUAUGCGUAACCAUGGACCAACCCUCGAGUCUCGUUGUAUGGAACCCGUAUUUAGGGCAAACGAGGUGGAUUCUACCUAGAAACAACCUCCAUAGAUACACCAGGUAUGCUCUCGGAUACGGAGUGGACAACAAGAACAAGAACCAUCAACACAAGAUCUUGAGGUUUUCCAAUGAAUGCAUGAAUCCCGGCAGUUACGUUUCCGCAUCCGAAAUCUACGACUUUAGCUCUGAUGCAUGGAGGGUUCUUGAUGUAAGUCCGGAAGGUGACGUACAGUUUCAUACCAACGACGUGUCUUUGAAAGGGAACACUUACUUCUUCGCUCAAGAGAAAGAUUCACCCGAUGGAGGAGAGAUUCAAGUUUUUUUGCUCUGUUUCGAUUUUACUAGAGAAAGAUUCGGAUCGCGUCUCGCUGUGCCGUUUCGCAUCUGCGAUGAAGAGAAUGUGAUUCUGUCUUGUGUUGGAGAAGAUCAGGUCGCUGUGUUACAUCAGAGCUUGGACUUGAUUAAGACGAUGGAGAUUUGGGUUACGACUAAGAUCGAGCCUAACGCAGUUUCUUGGAGCAAGUUCUUGAAAGUGGAUCGGACGGCACUUAUUGGUUUGAGCUUUGAGGUUGAUGUUGGGAGCUUCUUUAUCGACGAGGAGAAGAAAAUUGCUGUGGUUUUCGAUAUAGGAAGGCUUAAACAAACAGGGACCUCUCGGUAUCAAGUAGCUUACAUCGUUGGAGAAGAUGGAUACUUCAAAUCUGUGAGUCUGCAUCUCGGAUUACAUGAAAAGUUAUAUAAUGGCUACGCUUACUGUCACCCAUUUGUGUGCUCUUCUUAUGUUCCGAGCUUAGUGCAAGUGGAAAUCAACCAACUGGGCAAAAGAAAAGAUAGAGAUUAUUAA